CGAAAAUCGACAAAGACGUCAACUCACCGGCGGCCAUUUUUCGUCAUUGUCUUGUGCGUCUUUUCUUGGUGGCUGCAUCGAGGUUCUCUUGAAAAGGCUUUUAACUGUGAAUUAUUUGUGAAAUAAAUAGGUGAAAACUGCGUAGGAGAGUUUUAAGUGAAUCCCUGAGUUGUUGAAUGUCCGGAAAGAAAAAUAUGGAUCACGGAGAUAGUCAAAACGGUUCCCACUGGGUUGAGGAUCACGAGGAAGCAUACUGUGGUGGCUUUCAGGGGGACGCGCACGAGCUGGAACAUCUGAGGAAGUUAUUUAUCGGGGGCCUGGACUACCGCACCACCGAUGAGUCUCUGAAGGCGCACUUUGAGAAAUGGGGCAAGGUUGUGGAUGUGGUAGUGAUGAAGGAUCCCAAGACCAAGCGUUCGCGUGGCUUUGGGUUCAUCACUUAUUCCAGGUCCUACAUGGUGGACGAUGCCCAGAAUGCUCGUCCACACAAAGUGGAUGGGCGCGUGGUGGAGCCCAAGAGGGCUGUGCCACGCCAGGAUAUCGUCCGUCCGGAUGCUGGGGCCACGGUGAAGAAACUCUUCGUGGGUGGACUGAAGGAUGAACACGAUGAGGAGAAUCUCAGGGAAUACUUCCAGAAAUUCGGCACGGUCAUGUCCAUCAAUGUGCUGACGGACAAGGAGACGGGCAAGAAGCGCGGCUUCGCCUUUGUAGAGUUCGAUGACUACGAUCCAGUGGACAAAGUUGUCUUGCAAAAGCAACACAGCAUCCGGAACAAGUUGCUGGAUGUGAAAAAGGCUCUGUCGAAGCAAGAAAUGGACCGCAAUCAGGGCGGUGGUGGUGGUGGUGGUGGCGGAAGCCGCGGUGGCCGCAAUAUGGGUGGCGGAGGCGCUGGAGGCCGAAGCAGUGGCCAGAAUUGGAACAGGAAUGUGUCCAAUAAUGACAAUUGGUCAAAUGGUGGCAGCUACGGCGGUGGUGGCUACAGCAACCAGGGCAGUGGCAAUGGAGGCUGGAGCAACCAGAUGAAUCCCUGGGACAAUGGACCGAGCCAGGGAGGCUGGAAUCAGGGUGGCAGCUACAAUUCCGGAAAUGGAAAUCAAGGUGGAAAUUGGGGCAAUGAUAGCUUCGGCGGAGGCUACCAACAGGGCUACGGUGGGGGCCCCAUGAGGGGUGGCAACAACUAUCAAGGUGGCAAUCGUAUGGCACCUUACGGAAACAACAUGGGCGGCAAUGGAGGCAACUAUGGAAUGAACGGGUACAAUUCCAACAACCAGGGCGGAGGCUACGGUUCCUCCAACAUGAUGGGCAGCAGCAUGGGAAGUGGUGGAAAUCGCCGAUAUUGAAAUUUAGUCCAUUUGGAGGUUCAAUAGGCUGACGAAUAAGAAAAGAAAAAAGAAAUGAAAGAUAAACAGAAUAGCUAAAAACUCUAGUAUCAAGCAGAAGCAUCUCAGAAAAGAAAAUAGUGACAGACAGAGAGAGAGAGAGAAGUCAGAUGAUAGGCAGACAGAGCGAGAUUUGACAAGAAGACAGACAAGAGAGAAGUGAAUGGGGAUUUUCGUAUAAAAAAAAAUAGAAGAAGUAUGAUCAAUUUAGUUUAAUCGUAUUUAUUAGAAAAUAAGUAGUUUUAAAACAAAAAUAGAUGUUAUCCCUUCAGUAUAUUAACUUUUUAUUGAUGAACACACAACACACUUAAAAAUAUAUAUAUCACAAAUAUUUCUUUUAUUCAAGGAAAGAAUGAAAAAAAAAACACCAAAACUGAUUUUAGAAAAAGAAAACUAUUUUAAAACA